AUGGACAUGAUCAGUCAUGGAGGACAUUCCUUCAGCACCAAGUCUUGGUGCAUUGAUCCCACCGCUCUGAAUCCCGCCCGCUUCAGUCCAGCUCCUCCCGUCUCUGCUUUAGGGUUAGUCCAGACCAUAAAGGACCACAUCACCAAGCCCACCGCCAUGGCUCGCGGCCGGGUGGCCCACCUCAUCGAGUGGAAAGGCUGGAGCGCCCCCCAGGUGGGCUGCGAGCCGUGGCUGACGGAGGAAGAGCACUACUCCUACCUCACGGACGAGCUGAGGGAGGCCCGCUUUGCAGCAGGGGUCGCUGAACAAUUCGCCAUCACCGAGGCCACCCUGAGCGCCUGGUCCUCGCUAGACGAUGAAGAAAUGAAUUACGGGGGCAGCUCCCAGGAGAUCGUACAGCUUCAAGACCUGGAGAGCAUCUACCUGCAGGAGAAGCUGGUGCUGAGUCCCCAGGUGAUAAGUAGCCCCAACCUGGAAGGCAGGCUGCCCGCCUGCUCCUCCUCCACCCACACCUCCCCAAUACCCUGGGUGCACUCCAGAGUGGACAGGUGGAACUCGACCCACCCCUUCCCCGGGGCUCUCCCCUGCGGCUCCCCCCGGACCGGGAGCUCCCGGGCAGACAGCUCGGAGAAGGAGCAGGCCUGCGUGGGGAGAGAGGAGGAGGGCACGACCAGCGUGGGCCAGAAGCGGCUCAGCAACUCCCUGCACUACGUGGACAGCAGCUCCCUCUCGGAGGACGAAGUGUUUUAUAACUAG